CUAGGUUUGCAGUUCACACGUGACGGUGGAAGGAGUCGGACGUCUCUCGAACGCCCGCUCGCGCCACUAGGCUCUUCACACCAAUUGGAUAUACACGAAGCUAAAAAUUAUCUACCAACUUCCGUGAUACUUGGAGGCCUGUUUUGGAAAAAAGGUUGAAAAGUUGAACCUCGCCUCUCCAUUGCAAAGAAGGAAAUAAGUCCCUGGAUAUUUUUUUUCUCGACUCGUGUAGCGUUGUAUUGAAUUUCACUGUGACCUGCGUUGAAGGUUAGUGCUCUGGGUGAAAUUAAGUCCAGUGGAAAACGGUGAAAUGUGUUCUACUACCCCCGUUUUGAGAAUUAUGCUUUGAUGUAUGACCUUAUGGAAACCUGCUUCAACAUCUCCGUGGAUCAAAUGACAUCUCGAGAGCCUUAAAAUAUAUAAAAAGAAGGUAGAAAGAGGUGCACAACACAAGGCUGUCUAACCAAAAAGGUUCCCGUUGUAGAUCUUUACAACACAAAAGCUAUCGUGGGAAUAAGAGGGACUUCCUUCAGAUAUGAUUGAAGUGACGGCGAAAGGUCCCCCAGGAGCGUGCAAGUGAAGUGUAAUCGCUCAAGUGAAGUGAGUGUGAGUGAGAGCUCAACAAAGGGAAAGAGUGAAGUGCAUGCCCGCCACACGCGUUGCAGGAAAGAGCUUAAGGAGCCAAAGAAAUAAGUUAUUGUGGCCGCUUCAGCACCAGCAGCCACCGCGCCACUUGAGGGAGAGCAACGUGCGCCCAAGUGGUGUGCAGUUGAGUGCAUGAGUGCGUCACCUAUUGUAGAAGAAGUAGAUAUUAGUGGUUCAGGUGCCUAUAUAUCUUCCAAGAUCGUGGAGUCGAGCUUGAGAAAGUUAUUGGGGCGCGCGUCAGGCCGUACCCCACCCGGGCGCGACCUGACCCCGAUCAACACGGCAGACGCACGCAAGGUGUGCCGAGUGUGGGGAGGCGGGACGGGGACGGGGGUGUGCUGGGCCUCCUCAGCCGCCACGGUGGAGUCGCGAGGUGGGAGCUCCGGCGGCGCGUCGGGGGCUCUGCCGCCUCAGCCCCACUCCAAUAACAACCCGCCCCCGCCGCCCCAACCGCAGCCUCCGCCGCAGCCUCCACAGCAGCCGCACCAGCAGCCGCCUCACCAGCAGCCUCACCAGGCACCGCCACAGCAGCAGCAGCAACAGCAGCAGCAACAACAACAGCAACAACAGCAGCAGCAGCAUCCCCAGCCCGCCAUCGCCGCGCCCGCCCUUCCAGCUGCCAACAACGCCCAGCAGCAGCACGCGCAGCCUCAGCCUCAGCCCGCGCCCAACGCGGCCAACGCCCACGCCCCUCACCUCCAGCAGCAGCAGCAGCACCAGCAGCAGCAACAACAGCAGGCGGCGGCAGCAGUCGUCGUAGCAGCCGCAGCAGGCGCGCCACAGCCCCACCAGGGCCCUCCUCCCCUCGCUGCGGCGGCGGCGGCUCCAGCGCACGUAGCAGUGCCGCACGCGGGCGUGCAGCAGCACCCAGCCGUGCCUCACCAGGCCCACACGCCCCCCGCGCACCAUCCCGCGCUGGCACGUGGUAACCUGGUCCGUGAUCGUGUUGCAGUCGGCCACGCCCACUCGGUUCACGGCGGAGGCGGACACGUGUCCUCGGGCGGCGUGAGCAUGUCGGUGUCACGGGUGCCGUCUCCGCUGCCGCCGGAGAAUAACAUGCCCGUCGCCGAGAACUGGUGCUACACUCAGGUUAAAGUUAUAAAGUUUAGUUAUAUGUGGACGAUCAACAACUUCAGUUUCUGCAGGGAAGAGAUGGGAGAGGUACUCAAAUCCUCGACUUUCUCCGCGGGUGCCAAUGAUAAGCUAAAAUGGUGUUUACGAGUGAACCCAAAGGGCCUGGACGAAGAGAGCAAGGACUACCUCUCUCUCUACCUGCUCCUUGUGUCUUCAAACAAAUCUGAAGUUCGGGCGAAGUUCAAGUUCUCAAUUCUUAACGCCAAAAGAGAAGAAACUAAAGCUAUGGAGAGUCAACGAGCAUAUAGAUUUGUCCAAGGGAAAGACUGGGGCUUCAAAAAAUUCAUACGGAGAGAUUUCUUAUUAGAUGAAGCAAACGGUUUACUACCUGACGACAAACUUACUUUGUACUGUGAGAUCCAAUGUGCGCAGGUCUCAGUGGUGGCAGACAGCGUCAACAUCUCGGGCCAGAGCAACGCUAUCCACUUCAAGGUUCCUGACUGCCGGCUCUCAGAUGACCUGGGGAUUCUGUUCGAGUCUCAGCGGUUCUCAGACGUUACGCUUUCGGUGGCUGGCAGGGAGUUCCAGGCACACAAAGCAAUCCUGGCAGCACGCUCGCCAGUGUUCGCAGCAAUGUUCGCUCACGAGAUGGAGGAGAGAAAACACAACAGAGUAGAAAUUCAAGACGUGGACCAUGAGGUGUUACGCGAGAUGCUGCGUUUCAUUUACACGGGAAAAGCUACCAAUUUAGAGAAGAUGGCUGAUGAUCUCUUGGCUGCGGCAGAUAAGUAUGCAUUGGAGCGACUUAAAGUGAUGUGCGAGGAAGCAUUAUGUACCAACCUAAGUAUAGAAAAUGCUGCUGAUGUCCUCAUUCUUGCUGAUCUCCAUUCUGCUGAUCAACUGAAGGCUCAAGCGAUCGAAUUUAUCAAUACACAUGCAACAGAUGUCAUGGAGACACAAGGUUGGAAAUCCAUGAUUCAGUCUCAUCCACAUUUGAUUGCUGAGGCCUUUCGAGCAUUGGCUACUCAGCAGAUCCCACCCAUUGGACCUCCACGCAAAAGGAUAAAAGCCAGUCCCUGAACCCGGUUGGCCAGUCUGCCAGCUUCACUUUCGCUGGCCAGGCCAUCACCCCCAACACCCCUGGCCUCCCCACCUGGUCACCCCCUCACACUCGGCCUAACUCAGUGGGUUCUUUUACCAUACUAUUCAGGACAGCGGAGAGAAAGUGAUAUGGAAAGAAGUAUGGAGGACUGGAGGGCAUCCAUAGGCCAUCCUAUAGUGGAGAGUGACCAAGGCCAUAAGAAGCCAGUGUGUGGUAGUGGGACCUGGCAGGGGAUAGGGACCAGGCCUCUCAUCCCACCAGUCAACAGAGUACAAUCAGGGGACGACAAGUCCCUGCCCACUCAGGUUGGUAGGGCUGCAGUCCCUUCCUCUACUGCGCCCAACUCCUUCUGCCCCGUGACAAGUCCACCAAAUGAUCUCAGUGGGGCCUGACCUGCAUGUAAAACCUGUCAGUGCAUGAGACACUACAGUAUGCAGGUGUGCAGGUGCCAGACUCAGCAGUGCAUGUGUGUCUGUGUGUAGAUAUCUGUGAUGUAGCAAGUGAUAGCCCAGAACAUUAGACUCUCGCUACGAGUCUUAGAGCUACCACUCAUUACUCUGCUAAUUAUUGUUGUUGUUGUUAAGUGUGGCACUCUCUUGUCUUUCAAGCCAUCAAGCCAGGCAGAUAUUUGAAAAUAUAGGCAGGCCCUUCAGGGAGAAAAAAAGGAGCCUUGCAUUUGACUGACACCAAAGGAAAACUGGGAAGGACCAAGUGAUGUGUGAGCAUUGCUUCCUCUCAGUGCACUGUGCUUUUGGCUAGUUAUCAUAUUCUACUCCUGUGACAUAGAUGAUUCUUCAUUACCCAAUAUUUUUGUUUUAUUUUACAGGAGAAACAAACAUUAUAGAAGUCUUGGAAGCAUCUUUUUCUAUGAAAAAUCUGCAAUGUACAACUUAAAAAUUAGAUUGAGCUUUCUUAGGUAGAUGCAGUAGGCAAGGUGUACUCUGAUUUUGAGAAUUUGUUAAGACAAGACAACAUUGUAGAGUGUACAGUUAAUGUAGAAGAUACUGUCUAAUUCCACCGAUUUCAGCUUUGGCUGAUUUGUAUUUACAAUGUAUGUAUGUAACAUCAUGAAGCUUCACAGGGUAUUCUCAGUCAUUAACAUGGAGCCGUGAUCAGGAAAGUGUAAUUAGUGUAACUGUUUCAAGUGAAUGUUGUGUAAAAGUAGAAAUGAAUGAUCAAAACAUUUGGUGUAAAAUUCAAUAUACGGUGUGUAAAAUGUGAAGAAAAAAAA